UCCUGGUUUUUAAAUAGAUCUGUGUUAUCGUACACAUAUCGGUCGUGGGUUUAAGAUAUGAAGCACGAGGAAGGAUACUUAGUUUGAUCUGGUUACGUGUUCAGAUCACUAACGGGUAAUACUAGUCGGAUAUAUACGUUGGUUUCCAGUGUCUAGCACCUCAUCAUUGUGAUGCCACUUAAUGCCCGGACUUUCUGAUUGGAACAAGCGUCCUUCCGAAACGUCAUAUAGCCGGGAACUACGAAUAGGUCCGAAUGCGGGUGCAUACAUCACAGAAGCACCCCUCAACAGCACAUUGAAGCAGCGCAAUUUAAAGCUGUUCAAGUCAGGGAUACUGAAAUGGAUUUCGUCGACUUUACUCAGAACUCCGAUGUAAUGGAGUACAUGUAUAAAGAUGAGGAGGAGUUAGACUGGCCAGAAUUUUUCGAGAUCUACAAGGAAAGAUUUCCUCUAUUAGUGUACAUUACUGGUGGGAACUAUGGCGAGACUAUUUAUGAUGACUUCUGCAGUGACCAGAUAUAUCGAGUACAAACGUACUCGAACCAGAGACGUAUAGUUGCCAAGGCAACGAAGGUGUACGACCGAUAUAUCGACAUCUAUCUCUCCAUCCCGAUCAGUACUACACACAAGUUCUGUGUAGUUAGGGGUCACAGGUCAGUUCAAGAGGCACCUAAAACCUUGGAGGAAAUUGUGAGUGAGAACCCGUUCCCGAUACCUGUGACGUUUGCGCCUGAUGUGUCGGAGAUCUACGUAGGAACUAGUCGAGAGGAUGUGUCUUCGUACGCCACGAUACUGCUGACUCGGGAGUAUACCGAGAACUUCCUUCUAGGAAACUGUGUGAUGAACGGCCAAGUAUGCAAAACCGUUACGGUAGCAGCUGUAAGUGCUCUUAUAUCUGUGGCACCUGCCUCGGGGAUACAAGGCAAAUCAGCAGAAUUCUUCAGAAAACAUCUCAGCAAAUUGCAAGCCUCCUUAGCUGACGUGACGUAUGAUCGCACUGUGGGUAACACAAGUAUAACCAAAAUAACUUCUGAGGGUACCGGAACCGGAAAUAUUCUCCCAAAACUUAACCCACCCUUACUUCCGGUUGAACAUAAACCGGACACAGAGAAAAAUGAAAGUUCUGAUGAUUCAGACGAUUGGUAUGAGAGGCCACCUGAGCCGACUAUUAAACCACCAUUACCGCCGAGGUCGGAGGAAUCGCCACCAACACCAAUAAAAAAAACAACUGACGCUCCAUUAUACCCCAAAAAGUAUUACGAAAAUGCAGCGAUUGUUCAUCCCAUACCGUCAACAUCUAAAACUCCAGCAGCGCCACCUAGACCCCAAAAGAAAUCUGUUUUGCCGCAGACAUCAACCCAAAAACCUGCAACGAAGCUUCAGUCAACAGGGAAAAGCCCUGUACCGGGACGAGGACCUCUACCAGACCCAACAAGUUCUACAGUUAAAGAAAACCAGUUGUUCAGCGAGGCAGAUUACAUGUAUAUGAAGGAGCCCGACGAUAUGUACGAAGUGUUAAGUAAUGUUCCCCAACCUACAACGGAGAUAAAGAGUCAGACAGGCGAAAAGAAAAUACCUACAGUGUCAUCGUCUGGAUUUGGCGGUAAUAACAUUGUUCCUACAGUACCUACAGUGGCAUCCUCUGGAUUUGGCGGUAAUAACAUUGUUCCUACAGUACCUACAGUGUCAUCCUCUGGAUUUGGCGGUAAUAACAUUGUUCCUACGGAAACCAAACAGGAAGCAGCUUCCAACCAAUCAGACGAUAAAGACAAGUCUACUGGAGGAAAACAACAUUUAUUGGCAUUGUCGGUAGAUGAUAUUGGGGAAUAUUUAAGGAAAAUGCGUCUAGACAAAUACGUUGAGCGGUUUGCCGAAGAUAUGAUUGAUGGCGUUAUUCUGGGUGAACUUACAAAGGAAAAUUUGAAAGAAGAUUAUGGAUUCAGAUCGGUCGAACAAAUUAAACUUUGGAAGUUUAUAACAGACGGCUAUAUCCCACAAUAAUGCCCGUAUCAUAAAGAGCUUUCGGCAAAAACAACAUAUACUAUUUUAUAAUAGGCAAAAUUAUUGACACACGUGUUUUAGUGCUGCUACAUUCCUUUUUGUUUCUAGUUUAAGAUGCCAGGUUGUUUUUCCUAGGACAUAAACAAAGCUUAUAUGCUUUUCAUACAAUCCGAACGAUAGGCGAAUGUGUUUCUUUAUUGAUAACAGUCCGUACAAGGAAAGAGUGCCUUACCGAACGCAUUAAUAGAACAUCGGACAUCGGUAAUUUAAAUAAUUAUGAUCACGACAAAUAUGAGCAGGAUAACGAGUUAUCUGGUUUAUUGAAAACGCAGCUUACGAGUAUCUAAAAAAGACUGUAUUGCAUAUGACACGCUUGUUUUAAGUUGGAUAGAAAUUCAAAGUAAUGUAUCCAACCUCGAAGGACAAUAUACCACAAAUAAAGCUUACAUCUGGACUUACGACAAAAUAGCUUUGUUACUAACGGAGACGAAAAAAAUCAGCCACGAACACACAAUCAUUGAUACAGUAUUUAUAUAUAACUCUAUAUAUAACUUAGUAGAAAUAUAUCUGUCCACGUGGUAUGUGUAUUGUGAUUUAUCUUUUCUUUGAGUGCCAUUAUGUCAAUUUCUAAUGCCUGUACAUUUUUUUUUGCUAUUUAUGUAUACAUUCUUUCUUGCAUAUUGUACCGGUGAUUUUUGUUGAUUUUUCUUGAUAACCUUAGGAUAAUUAAGUACAUGUACGUGCUUUUUUGUGUCUCUUCGAAUUGUUUACUUUUUCUGUGAUUCACCAGUUAUGUCUAAAUUAUCUAUCUUAAAUUAUAAUUUGAUUUUUUUUCGAUUCUUGUCUUACUCAUUUCUGUCAUCUGGCCCAUAUACUCACUAUCUUUAAACUAUGAAGUUGCUUCAUUCAAUCAAUGUGGUGCAUUAUACGUAAUUGUUUUCAGGCAUUAUCGAAUAUAUUAAUCAAAAGAAAAUAAUCAUCGAAAUGCGAGUGCAGCAUAAAUUUAGUGAUUCCUCUCCCAAACACCUAACAUAUCUUACAAAAACCUGUUAUGAAACCAAGGUAUUUGGAGUCAAUACUUCUAAUGGCUAUGUGGUCUCUGUUAAAUCUACAGAUUAAUGAUAUAGUCGUGAUUCCAUGUCAUUGUUAAAACUACAGAUUAAUGAUAUACAUGUAGUUGUGAUUCCAUGUCAUUGUUAAAACUACAGAUGAAUGAUAUAGUCGUGAUUCCAUGUCAUUGUUAAAACUACAGAUUAAUGAUAGUCAUGAUUCCAUGUCAUUGUUAAAACAUACCCGUUGUAACACUCUCACAUCGUGUAUAGACAGUCUGUCGAAUAUAACUAGCGCACUAAUCCUGUCUUUUUAUCCCCCGCCUUCACCGAAACGGGGAAUAAUAAUUUUGGUUUGUCCGUCUGUCCGUCACGCUUCGUUUCCGUGCAAUGACUGCAACAAAUGCUAAUCGAUUUUCUUCAAAACCAGGGUUAAAUGCCUUAAGGGCUCAGCCGAGUGCGAUGACCACUUUAAUCGGACUGCAUUUGGCGGAGUUAUGGCCCCUUGAGCAACGAAAAACGUCAUUAUCUGCAGUUUCCGCUUGAUAACUCUAGCAAA